UCGGGCGGUCGUGAGGAGGAUUCCUCUGAGAUGAACCCACAUCUCCCCCAGAUGCCUCAGCGGACCAAUCCUGGCGCAGCUUCUCUGCUGGCCAAUCAGAGCGCUGCGUGGUGAUGUCAUGCCGCAGAUUCUGAAGCUGCUGAGCUGCUGAGGCUGCUGAGCUGCAGAUCUUCAGAGGAGCGCGGCGGGAGCGGCGUGUCUGCAGGGUGAGUGAGUUCUGCUUCUGCUGCAGCAGAACUUCGGUUCCGGAGCCUUCAUCUGCGGCUCUCCUCAUCCUCGCGUCUGCGUCUUCAUCUUCCUCUCAUCCGUCUUCGUUUUGGAACGGGUUCUACCUCAGCAGCGUCUUCAGCAGAAGUCUUCAUCAUCAUCUUCAUCAGGAUGACCCUCACAGCGUACACAGAGAAGAUGCGGGAGCUCCCCCUGGUGUCCAUCUUCUGCUCCUGCAUCCUCCCGGAGCUCAGAGGUCCAAAGGCGGAGAAGCAAGAAGAUGUGGGGGUGGUGGACCUCAACCUCUGCAACAUCCGAGACAUGGAGGUGAUCGAGCUCAGCAAGAGGGCCAGCGGCCAGGCCUUUGAGGUCAUCCUGAAGCCGCCCACCUUCGACGGCGGCCCCGAGCUGAGGGCCACCACGCCGCCUCGGCCCAAGCCGUCGCUGGAGGAGAUCCAGAAGAAACUGGACGCCGCUCAGGAGAGGAGGAAGUGUCAGGAGGCGGAGCUUCUGAAACACCUGGCAGGGAGGAGGGAGCACGAGCGGGAAGUGGCUCAGAAAGCUUUGACCAAAGAGCGGCAGGAGCAUCGCGCCGAUGCUAGCAAGCAGCAGCAGAUGCACCUGAACGCCUCACAGGAGGAGGAGGAGGACAAGCACAUGUUGGAGGUGUCCUGAUGGCCUGAUCACAACACAAGCUGAACUUUAUUCUGGAAAUCCUUUGACGUGGCAAGAAGCUGCCGGCUGGAGCUGGAGGACCAACAGGAAGUGACUCUGAAAGAGGAGGAGGACGGAGGUCGGGUCCGACCGCCUGACUGAUCCGGGACUCUUUUUGAUGAGAGAAGUCCUCGUUCCGUGAAGCGCUGCCGACGCGGCGCCAUCAGACGGUCUGCAGGCUCUCCCCGUGCUUUGUGCCGACAGUGCCGGUGUGAAGAUGUGCUCACCUGUGUGUGACUGUGUUCGCAUGGAGUGGACCGGGCCAGUGAACAGAACUCUGGAACACAUCUGUCAGAUGGACAGUGGAAGUGGAUUUACGGGGCAACGGCUCCACCUGUUGGACAGUUUAAGGCGGUUUUUCCUUUGUGUGGCUCGUCGGUGACCUCUGGUGGCAGCAGUGGGAACAGCAGGUCCAGCAGUCAUUCGGUCCCGAGUCAGACGGAUUAGAACACAUGAAGCCGAGUCAAAGUCAAGGUGACAGAGAACAGAGUCAGAUAACUAUAGUAAAGAUCUCUUUAUCUAAAAAUAACAUUUGCUGAGUCGUCGUGAAAUCAGGUCCUCUUGUUUACAGUUACCAUGGCAACAAGACUGGCAUCAAAAUGGGAGGAAAGAGACCUUUUCACAGUAAAAAUACGACAUUGUUAAAGUUUCCUCACUAAUUCUUGAAGGUUCUGGUGUCCUCCUGAUACGACCGGGACUAACGGUCCAAACCACCAAAACGCUCCUCAGCCAGAACCUCCGAUUCUGAUCAAAUACGAUGUUUACAGACUGAAGAAACCGUGAGUCUGCAGGUUUAGGAAAACCGGAAGGAUCAGCUGCAAAAGCAAACACAGGCCGCCGCUCUGGCUAGGCUGUGCGGGAGCGUGUCUGACGACAGAGUUCGAUCCCGGACCUGCUGUUCCUACAGACGGCGCCGGACAGUUGUGGAGAACGGUUCUGGUUCUGGGUUAGAAAGACCACGAAUGAACAAACGCACGAGAGAGUGAAUGAAUGAGUGAAUGAAUAAUUGGGUGAAUGAGUGAGUGAGUGUCUCUGUGUUUACAGCUGCUCUCGUCUCGUAUCAGGAUAACUAUGUACAGAAAUUCUAUUUUAAGCUCAAAUAAAACCCACAAACGUUU